AUGGACCGCCAGCGGGACUUGGUAUUCUGCCACGAGUGCGAGAACGAGUGGUUCCGGGACGAGGGCGGCCUCACAUGUCCAGACUGCCAUUCCGACUUUACAGAGAUCAUCGAGGCACAGCAUGACCCGAGACAGGCCCAAUCCGACGAACAAGCCCCGCCGCAUCCUUUUCACGACCACAAUCCCUGGGCAAACAUUCCGCACGACGCCCCCGACCCCGAAGAGAGCGACAUCCCCACCCCCAACUUCCAAUACCGCACCAACCCUCAAGGCGGCAUCUCCAUGAGCUUCAGCCAUACCUUCUCUUCNGGGAACAACCCUCGCGGCCCUGUCUCGCCUGGUCCUCAGCCAAACGGCCCAGCAUCCGAUGCCAUCCUCAGCAUGCUAAACCAAAUCAUCGGUGGAGCCGCACGCCAACCACAUGCCGGCGCCCGCGAUGCUGCAACACAGUCCCCUGACGCCGAUCCCAAUGUGCGUGUCUUCACCGGCGGCGGUCCCAACUUUCAGUACACGGCUACUACCCGUCUCGCUCCUCGCGAUGCCAACAGUCCGCAAGCCCGCGCCCAGACCAUCGACAAUCUACCAGGCAUUCUAAAUCACAUGUUUCACGCUCCUCCAAGAGGCGCCGGUCCCGAUCCCAACUUCGAGCCUCUUGGCUUUGGUAACAUUCUGAACACCCUCUUCAACCCUGUCAACAUGCAGCACGGCGAUGCCGUCUACAGUCAAGAAGCUCUGGAUCGGAUAAUAUCUCAGCUCAUGGAGCAGAAUCAGUCCAACGCGCCCGGCCCUGCCUCGUCCGAAGCCAUUGCCUCUUUACCCCAAAAGGCCAUCACCAAGGAGGAUCUGGACGAAACAACCGGAAAGGCCGACUGUUCCAUCUGCAUGGAUGAAGCUCUCAUCGGUAGUCAAGUCACUUACCUGCCUUGCGAUCACUGGUUCCACCCCGACUGUAUCAAAGCCUGGUUGGGUGAACACGAUACAUGCCCUCAUUGCAGGCAAGGCAUCAUGCCUAGAGACGGUCCCGAUAAUGCAACAAGAUCGAGAGAGCCUGGUCAGGCCGCGAGGAACAACAGGACAUGGGGUCAAGGUGAAGGCACCAGAGAUAAUCCUAUCAAUGUCGCCGAGAGCCCCGAUCAUGCGCGUACCACCAACAACGCUGGAGCCGCUUCGGGAUCCGCUUCAGGGGCCGCUACUGCUGCGUGGGCCCGCAUGAGAGAUGCCUUUGGUGGUGGUAGUGGAGGGAGCAACGCUCCUUCGGGAGCUUCUUAG